AUUUAUUGCAACCAGUUUUUAAUCUUUCGUUUGAGAGUCCUCUCCCCGCAACCAUACGAAAUCUGGUACGCAAAUUACAUCAGCUUCGGCUGCAGUAUCGAAGGAAUUCGGGGGAAUUCGAAAGAAUAAGCUGCCCACACACCCGGGGUCAAUUCGAUGCCGUCGCUGUUCACGUUCAAGAAAAAUUCUAGCACCAGCACCAGCACUCCCGACAAACGUCCACCAUCAUCUUCUACCACACCUUCCUCCUCUGCGAAAGCACCAAGGCCCGACUCGCGUGGCAAGCCCACACGACCCUCUCUCGACACAAAAUCCACUGCGUCAAAAUUGCGGGAUCGUGAACGGCGGCCCAGCUCACCACGUUCGUCAUUGUCCUUUCGCUCCUCCCGCCGCUCGCCGGAUGAGGACUCACACCCGCUGAAUUUGCACCCGGACGAACUUCGUCGCAUGAGCACGCGUUCCGCUAUGAGCAGUCCACGAGAAGAACGUGAGCCCAAUAUGGCUGCUGCGUCAGAUCCCGAGCCCAUGGAGACAACACCUGCUCCCGAGGAACCCCGCACCACACCUGCCACCAACGGCGUCAACGGGGAACACAGCAAGGGAGAAGAAGAGAAUCGACCGAAACCUCCUCCCCACCGAACGCCGACAAGCCCACCUCCCAAACCUGCGAAUCGGCCUGAAGAUGCGGAAACAUUCAAGGCAGCAGGCAAUAAGUUUUACAAAGCCGGGCAGUAUGGAAAUGCCAUUGAUGAGUAUACCAAAGCCAUCGAUGCCAAUCCACAAUCGUCCACCUAUGUCUCCAACCGCGCGGCAGCCUAUAUGGCUGCAAACCGAUUCGUCGAGGCUUUGGAGGACUGCAAACUCGCCGAUGAACUAGAGCCGAACAGUGCAAAAAUCCUACAUCGAUUGGCCAAGGUUUACACAUCAUUGGGUAGACCACAAGAGGCUCUCGACGUGUACGAUCGGAUGCAGCCGCCCGCGACGGCCAAAGAUAAGGCGGCUGCUGUAAACAUGCAAUCACACAUCACUCAAGCGCAGGACAGCUUGGCAAACGGGACGAGUGGGUCAAUGGUGCUAUACGCAUUAGAUCAGGCGGAGAAAGGCUUGGGAUCGACUGUGGCCCCUCCACGGAAAUGGAGGCUGAUGCGAGGCGAUGCAUUCCUGCGGAUAGGCACGAUCAAUAGUCUAGGAGACGCACAGAACGUGGCAAUGAGCUUACUGCGCAACAACAAUGCCGACCCGGAGGCAUUGGUCCUGCGUGGCCGCGCUUUGUACGCUCAAGGCGAGAACGAUAAGGCAAUUCAACAUCUCCGGCAAGCGCUCUCGUGCGAUCCUGAUUAUAAAGAUGCCGUCAAAUAUCUGCGAUUGGUGCAAAAGCUUGAUAAGAUGAAGGAGGAGGGUAAUGGACACUUCAAGGCGGCAAGGUACCAGCAGGCAGUUGAUGUCUACACUGCUGCGCUCGAGGUGGACCCGUUAAACAAGAGCACAAAUUCUAAGAUCCUCAACAACCGCGCCAUGUGCUACUCUAAACAAAAAGAGUGGACGUCUGCGAUCGCUGAUUGCGACAAAGCUAUCCAGCUCGAUCCAAGUUACACCAAAGCACGAAAGACUCGUGCCAAGGCGCUGGGUGAGGGCGGAAAUUGGGAGGAAGCUGUACGGGCAUACAAAUCCAUUGCUGAGCAGAACCCUGAGGAGCCAGGCAUCGCCAAGGACGUACGUUAUGCCGAACUCGAGCUCAAGAAGAGCUCGCGGAAGGAUUACUACAAAAUUCUAGGAAUCGAUAAGGAUGCCAACGAGACGGGUAUCAAAAAGGCCUACCGAAAACUCGCAGUCAUUCAUCAUCCGGACAAGAAUCCAGGCGACCCCGAUGCGGAGAACCGAUUCAAGGAUAUUCAGGAGGCGCACGAAACGCUGAUCGACCCGCAGAAGCGGGAGCGGUAUGACUCUGGAAUAGAUCUUAUGGAUCCUCACGAGCAACAUGGGUUCGGUGGCGGGGGAUUUGGUGGCAUGGGUGGCGGUGUUCAAAUCGAUCCUGAAAUGCUGUUCAACAUGAUGGGCGGCGGUGUUCGGCGGUGGAGGUGGAUUCCCAGGAGGAAUGGGCGGUGGACGUGGCGGAUUCCCAGGUGGAGGCUUCCCUUUUGGUUAACGCGGAUGAGGUGCGCAGAUGGACGAUUCGGAAUCGAUCUGCGUCGGAGCACGGCGCGUGCUCUGACGAGCCACGUUAACGAUCAUCUGGAACGCCCAUGUCUGCCGAUGCAUCACUGUAUCUGUAAGGAUGAGCACCACGGCCAAUUAUGGUCAUCGCGGUUGGAUAUGAGUAUCAUCGAGUUCCGCAAGGGGCAGGAGGCGGCUCUGCUCGCAGUCAAGCAACUCCGGCAUCGCUGGGUAACAUUUAGAGGGCGGGCGGCGGAGCUGAUAAUCGGCCUGAUGACUUGACGAUACAACGAUGGGAGGGGGCUAACGAGCCCCUUCGCUGGGGGAACCCGGGUGUCAGUUGUCGGUGAAAGGACAGCCGAUUUCCUUCUGUCGCUCCCUACCUAAGAGCUAUGCAACAACACUUUAGAU